AUGCCCGGGCCUGCUGUUGUUGCUCCACUCUCUGGCCCCCACGAGUCCGACCCUCCUUCCUGCGGGCAGUCCCCAGGCCCAGACCCACUUCUCGACAUCAACAACGAAGACCAAGGCCAACUCCACAAGGAUCCAACCACAACCGAUCAUGACGCCACAAUCCUCCUCCUUAUUCCACAUGCAGCUGCAGGCUUCGCCGGCGUCAACAAAGAACAGCGCAGCAUUGCAUUUGGCAGCGAUCCCAACCAGACAAUGAAAGAUGCCGCUGCAGAAAACUCAAUCGCCCCCUCGGCCACAUGCUCAAUCAAAGAACAGUCCCCGUCGUCCCGGGAACUGGAACUGGCACAGACACAGGCACAGGAACAGAACCAGCAAAUCCUGAAACUAACAAAGAAAAUCUCCAUGCAUCCAACACUGACCUCUUUCCGAAAACGGACGUACAUGUGCCUUCUUGCGAUUCCGCGUGGUCGCUGGACGACCUAUGCUGCGCUGGCGAAGCAUUUGGAUUCGAGCGCGCGCGCAGUGGGGACUGCAAUGCGCCUGAACCCAUUUGCGCCGGGGGUUCCCUGUCAUCGUGUUUUGAAUGUCGAUGGGGGAUUGGGCGGGUACAUGGGGACGCCUCCUGAGAAAGACAAGGGAAAGAAAGGUGCCGGGAGGGGAAGUAAAUUAGUGGGCAAAUUGGAGCAGAAGAGGAGGUUGCUCGAGAGUGAGGGGGUGAUAUUCGAUGAGAGGGGAAAGGCAAGGGGAAGUGUCUAUGUAGACUUUCCCACCACAUAG